CUUUAACGCGCGCUUUUUACGCACAGCAGCACCUUUAUGUGAUCCGGGCUAGAUGCUAAAGUAGCCCCCGCGUUGGCCUCAAACACAGCAGGUCCACAAAAGACACGCAUUAUCGCCGCGGUUAAGUGAUCGAAACCGGCGGUCCACACGUCCAAAGGGGAAGUGCCAUUGGCCUGCAACAGCGUAGUGUUCAGCAACAAACUUCGCUAUGGGCAAAAAGUCUCGCGAAGAGGAGUCUUCAUCCUCUGAUGAGGAAGAAUAUGUUGUGGAGAAGGUGCUGGACAGGAGGGUGGUGAAAGGCAGGGUUGAGUUCUUCCUGAAGUGGAAAGGAUACUCAGAAAAGCACAACACGUGGGAGCCAGAGAAGAAUCUGGACUGCCCUGAGCUUAUUUCAGAAUUCAUGAAGACCUACAAGAAAAGCAGUGGUGGGAGCUCCACACCUAGCAGCGGGGGCAGCAAAUCAAGCACAGGCUCCUUGGGACGCUCCAAAGACUCCAGCACCUCAAAGAAGAGAAGCUCAGACGAUGAUGAGGAGGGUGGAAGUAAGCCCAAAAAGAAGAAGGAGGAUGAUAUUCUAGUUGCACGUGGCUUUGAAAGAGGACUUGAGCCAGAGAAGAUCAUAGGAGCAACAGACUCAUGCGGAGACCUAAUGUUUCUUAUGAAAUGGAAAGACUCUGAAGAGGCUGAUCUCGUGCUCGCCAAGGAGGCCAAUCAUAAGUGCCCACAGAUCGUCAUAGCCUUCUAUGAGGAACGUCUCACCUGGCACGAAGACAGUGACAAGAAGGAGAAGGAUGCUGUCAGUGCGUGAGUGCAUCACCUCAGGAGGAAACAGGACCUCCUCCACUGCAGGGACUACCUUGAGUCAGAUAUUUUUCACACCCAAACCUCCCAUCCUCCCUCUUUACCAUGUCCAACAACAACAACACAUAGACAGCGGACACAGUCGUGUUAUCUCCAUCCAUGCCCCAUGGGAGCACAAGGGCCCAGACUGCUAAAAAAAGGAUCCAUCAGACAGGAGGAGAAGCUGUAGCGGACAUGGGUGAUAUGCUACUGGGGAGGGGUUCUGCUGUUCUGUUUGUGUAUACUUUACCUUCUUUUUAAUGUCUUAACACAUCAUGUUUUAGUGCUUACAGGAUGCGAUUGUGUCGGUAAGGUAUUUUGCAUCCAUGGCCAUCUGUUAAAACUUUGUUCCGAGAGCCAGAGGUUAACCGAGAGCAUCUCCCACGGCAGGUGCACAACCCCCAUCUUAAAGUCUGUAUAGGCAGUGCACCUUUUUGCUUUGAAAACCCACUAACAUCACUGAGGAUAAAACCGUAGUCUCGCUAUUCAGGAAACAACCACCGCAGCACUUUCCUGACUGCAUAAUCACUUCCUUUUUUAAAACUUUUUAUCUCUUGUAGAUUUUUCAGUUAGUCCUGUCUACCAAUAUAACUACUCAAUUUGCAAAGUUGCAGAUGACACCGGCCAAUUUAUGUCUUUAUAAAUAAGUGACGAUAUCCUUGUUCGUUUUUUUUUUUUUUUUCGUUUUUUUUAUUGUCGUUUUUAUCUCUUUUAACGUGAACUUUGUGGUGUUUUCAAAUUUCUUUAUGCUAUCACCAUUUUAAGAAAAGGACAAUAAAACAAAUUUUGCUCAGUUUUGUCCUUUUGUUGUGCUUUUUUUUUUUUUUUUCUCUCCUCUCUUUUAACUGCAGUGUAAUCUUUGGACCAGUCUCAUGUUAAGAAGUUAGACAAUCUUUACUCUAUCCACAUGAAAUUAAACCAGCAUUCAGCGCCAGUCAAUGGGGCCUGCCACCUUGUGGUUAAAAGAUGAAAAUGUUUUGGACUGUGACCAAGCUAUGAUGACAAGCCUGCAGUUUAAAUGGUGUUAUUGAUCUUGUUAGUAAUACUUUUGAUAGUGUUUUUUUUUUGAUUUUUGUUUUUUGUUUUUACAGUGUAAAGUGGUAAAAUCCACUCAUCAAUUAGAAUAUUUGUUGUUGAUAUCAUUGUAAUGUUAUGUUGAAACAUUAAAAAACAGUUUCUGAUUGGAUUAUGCAUAUCCUGUCAUGAGUAAUUUGAUUGUUUUUUUUUUUAAAAUAAGUAUUCAAAUUUGAGAAUGUUGCUACCUGGCAAGCAGGGGUAGUGUCAUGCAUUCACAAGAUGGAUGCCGGUUUUGUAGUUUGAUCGGCUGUGCUCCAACACAGACUCUUAGGACCAAAUGUUUAGUGUGUACAGACUGAGAACUGCUGUGUAUUUUCUAUAUUUUUUUUGGCUUUAAUUGGCAGUUUGAAUGAAGGCUGUGACCUUCUCCCCUUUCAUACGUACAGUUCAUUAAUCAGGUUCCUUGAUACCACAUAGAUUAUGGUUUUGGUGUCUUUUCAUUAAAAAUAUUUUGUCCUUUCA